AUGUCUAAUCCUACUAUUUACUAUCAACUUUCAAAGGAUAAAGACGAUCCGUUUUACAUUGUGAAUGUUGGUAACAUUCUAAAGAAGCACAAAACUUGGUUAUCCCUCCUACCACGAGUAGAGCCAUUCUAUGCUGUAAAAUGCAAUGACGACCGCAACGUUUUAGCCACGCUGAGUGCAUUGGGAAUUGGUUUUGAUUGUGCAAGCAUGGCUGAAAUUAAGGCAGUUCUGAAAUUGGGUGUUCCUCCAAGCAAAAUCGUAUACGCUAAUCCGUGCAAACAGGCUUCUCACUUGAAAUUUGCUGCCAAGCGCGAAGUAAGUAUGAUGACAUUUGACAAUGAACCUGAACUGCAUAAAGUGAAGCAACUCCAUCCUACGGCCAAAUUAAUCUUACGAUUGCUCACUGAUGAUUCCAAAUCGCUUUGCCGACUGGGACAGAAGUAUGGUGCUCCUCUUAAAACUGUUCCAAACCUUUUGCAAGUAGCACGAAACCUUGACCUAAAUGUUGUUGGCAUAAGCUUUCAUGUAGGCAGUGGCUGCUACGAUGCUUCGGCAUUUUCAUCUGCGGUUGAAAUUGCGAAAACGGCAUUUGACUAUGGAAAAUCUAUGGGCUUUCAAUUCGAUAUUUUGGACAUUGGUGGAGGAUUUCCGGGCUCACCACGGGCAACAGUUAGUUUUGAAGAGAUUAGUGCAACUCUAAAUAAGGCAUUAAACAAACAUUUUCCGGUUGAAAGCGGAGUCAGGAUCAUCGCUGAGCCAGGUCGCUAUUACGUGGCAUCUGCCUUUAACUUAGCUGUGAAUGUUAUUGCUAAGCGCCAAGUUAACGAUGACAAUACGCAAGCGCAAGGUAAACAGCAUGCAUAUAGGAAUCAGAAAUACAUGUACUAUGUAAACGAUGGUGUAUAUGGUUCUUUCAAUUGUCUGCUGUACGAUCAUGCGAUUGUAUACCCUAAAACUUUGGGAAGAGAUAACGAGCAGCAGUAUUCUAGUAGUAUAUGGGGACCAACUUGUGACGGACUAGAUUGUGUCAUGAAGGAAUGCAUGCUUCCUGAGUUGGAUGUUGGAGACUGGAUGUACUUCGAAGAUAUGGGUGCGUAUACAGCAGCUGCAGCUUCAAACUUUAAUGGCUUUCAAAAGCCCUUGGCUUACUAUGUUAUAGAAGAAAAAGUUUGGUAA